AUGCUGUUCGCAGACUCCGAUGAAGAGUCGGUGCUGAGCCUUGGCUUUCAGGACUCAUGCAACAUUCUUGUGUAUAUCAAUAUGGCAAAGGCCAUAUUCGCAGGCAUUCCGUUCAGCCGUGCUCCAGAUGGCAUGGUGGUCUCUCCAGGAAUCACAGAGAAGCGGCGAAGGAAAACAGAGAAGAUUGGUACCAUUCCGGCGGACUUCAUCCUCCGUGUCGCCAAUCGAUAUGGUGCAAGCCGGGAAGAGGUCUGGUUGCCUGGCCGAGGCGCGCUCCAAGGGCUUAGGGUGCAGGGCCAGUGUAUCGUUUAG